AUGGACGUCGUUUCAGCUGUGUCCGGCUACGUCUCGAAGAUGGUUUCCGUAGGGGAUUCAUCGGCAACCGGAUCCUCCACGGCCAAAAUGAAGAUAUUACUGCUUGAUAGUGAGACCGUCCCAAUUGUAUCAACCGCAAUGACCCAGUCCGCUCUCCUGAACCAUGAAGUCUAUUUGAUCGACCGCCUUGACAACCAGUCUCGCGAGAAGAUGCGACACCUGCGAUGUUUGUGCUUCGUCCGUCCUUCACCUGACUCGGUUCAGCUUCUCAUUGAUGAAUUACGCGAACCCAAGUACGGUGAAUACUACAUCUACUUCAGCAACAUUGUCCGCAAGUCAUCGCUGGAGCGGCUGGCAGAGGCGGAUGAUCAUGAGGUCGUGAAGGCCGUGCAGGAAUAUUUUGCGGAUUUCUCAGUUAUUAACCCUGACCUUUGCUCGCUGAAUAUUGGCUAUCCAAAGCAGAGAAUAUGGAGCCACAGCCCGGAUGUUUGGAAUUCAGACGCUCUCCAGAGAACGACAGAUGGUGUCAUAGCGCUACUUUUGUCGUUGAAGAAGAAUCCCUUGAUUCGUUACGAAAAGAAUAGUCUUAUAGCCAAGAAGCUUGCUACAGAAGUUCGGUAUAAUCUCACCCAAGAGGAGCAGCUGUUUAACUUCCGGAAAACAGACACCCCUCCCAUUCUGCUUAUUCUCGACCGUCGCGAUGACCCUAUCACGCCACUGCUGAACCAGUGGACCUACCAGGCUAUGGUCCACGAAUUGCUUGGAAUCAAUAAUGGUCGGGUUGACUUGAGCGAUGUUCCAGACAUCAGACCAGAGCUGAAAGAGAUUGUAAUAUCCCAGGACCAAGAUCCCUUCUUCAAGAAGAAUAUGUACCAAAACUUUGGCGACUUGGGUGGUAAUAUCAAAGAAUAUGUUGAGCAAUACCAGUCCCGAACGAAAAAUAACAUGAGCAUCGAGUCCAUUGCAGACAUGAAACGAUUUGUUGAGGACUACCCAGAGUUCAGAAAGUUGUCGGGCAAUGUCAGCAAACAUGUGGCUCUUGUGAGUGAACUGAGCAGAAAAGUGGGUGAAAAUAACCUGCUAGAUGUGAGCGAACUAGAACAGAGCUUAGCUUGUAAUGACAACCACGCGAACGACCUUAAGGUAUUACAACGUCUGAUUCAAUCUCCGACAGUGACCGCUGAUAACAAAGUCCGACUGGUUGCCUUAUAUGCCAUCCGUUAUGAAAAGCAACCUUCCAACGCCCUGCCCGUUUUGAUUGACCUGCUUACAGCAGCAGGGAGCGUCUCUCCACAUAAAAUCAACACUAUUCCCAAGUUACUAGCAUACCAUCACUCACUCCAAGCGCCCCCCGUGGCCGGUGGAUUUUCCGACCUCUUUGAGUCCGCAUCUUUUCUCUCCGGUGCCAGGGACCGAUUUAAACCCCUCAAGGGCGUCGAGAACGUAUAUACCCAACACUCACCGCGAUUGGAGUCCACACUCCAAAAUCUCAUCAAAGGUCGGCUGAAGGAGCUCCAAUAUCCCUUCCUCGAAGGCGGCGGACAUACCCGGGAUAAACCGCAGGAUAUCAUUGUGUUCGUGGUGGGAGGGGCAACGUACGAAGAAGCCAAGAUAGUGGCUCACGUCAAUGCUAGUUCACCUGGUGUUCGUGUUGUGCUGGGGGCUACGUGCAUUCAUAAUAGUGCGAGUUUUCUCGAGGAGGUUGAGGAUGCGGUGGGGAACUGGCCUGAGCCUGCACCGACGACGGUUGCGAGUAGGCUUCGUAGAGAGAUUGGGAGGUGA